UCUUCAUGCGUGCAAGCUAUUCUUACUUCUUAAUAACUCUCUCUUUAAGAUUCUGCAUUCAUCUUCCACCUCAAAUUCUUUCAUCAAACUUUUCUACAAAAAAUAAAAUAACAAAGUUAUUAGCUCAAUCCAAUAUAUAUAUUUUCAUCAUUGUCGUUGUCUUGGAUUCCUAAUCUAGUUCCAUCUCUUUCAAAGAUCAUUUUUCCAUUGGAGUUGCAAUGGGGAGUAAUAUGAGCAAAAAGACUCAAGAAACUUCAUCUGCUGUUAACUUCACAACAACAGAAUUGCACUACAAAACUGAGCUAAGUUCCUAUGAAGCAGCCUGCAAAAUUGACACAGAUUUGCAGACAUUUGAUUCAACACUUCAAACCAGAACAAAUCAAGUCAUCAACACUCUUGCUUCUGGCGUCGAAGUUCGAGCCCUUUCGUUCGAAUCCCUGAAACAGGUCACAGAAUGUCUCCUUGAGAUGAAUCAAGAAGUUGUGAAAGUAAUCUUGGAUUGCAAGAAAGACAUAUGGAACAGCCAAGAUCUGUUUGAGCUGGUUGAAGAAUAUUUUGAAAACAGUUUGCAAACAUUGGAUUUCUGCACUGCAUUGGAGAAGUGCUUGAAAAGAGCUAGGGAUAGCCAAUUGCUUAUUCUUGUUGCGAUUCAACGGUUCGAGGAAGAAUCUGAAUCAGGAGACAAAUGCUAUGCAAGAACAUUGCAAGAAUUGAAGAAUUUUAAAACAGCUGGUGAUCCUUUCACUGAGGAAUUUUUCCAAAUUUUUCAAUCUGUUUAUAAGCAACAGACUUCAAUGCUUGAAAAGCUUCAAAUCAGAAAGAACAAGCUUGAUAAGAAGCUGAAAGGAAUUCAUUCAUGGAGGAAAGUUUCAAGUAUGAUAUUUGUAGCAACAUUUGCAGCUGUUUUAAUAUGUUCUGUUGUGGCUGCAGCUAUUGCAGCUCCACCUGUUGCUGCGGCUUUAGCAGCCGCUACAUCGAUCCCUAUCGGUUCGAUGGGAAAAUGGAUUGAUUCACUUUGGAGAAACUAUGAAAUUGCAUUGAAAGGACAGAAAGAAGUUAUUGGCUCAAUGCAAGCUGGUACUUAUGUAGCCAUCAAGGAUUUGGACAACAUCCGCGUGCUUAUCGAUCGGCUUGAAAUCGAGGUUGAAUCUUUGCUUCAUACUGUUGAUUUUGCAAUUGAAGAAGAAGCUGUGAAGAUUGCUAUAGAGGAUAUUAAGAAGAAACUUGGUGUGUUUAUGAAGAAUGUUGAAGAUUUAGGAGUUCAAGCUGAUAACUGUAGCCGUGACAUUAGGAGAGCUAGGACUGUUGUUCUGCAAAGAAUCAUUAAGCAUCCUAACAUUUGAAGAAUUAUGGUAUUUGGUCUUGUUUGUUAAGGUUGGAGAACACAUAUUUUUCUUAUGUGUGUGUUGUGAUAUAUUUGUUUAUUUAUGGAUCCAUGCAUUAAUGGGUUCUUGUUGUUUAAGAUAAUAAUAGGACAUAUAUAUUCGGUAUGUCUUGUGACACUUGCAGCUAUAUAAAUUUAUUUAUUCUUUUGAAGCAAUAUUAGUGUGCUAAUGCAUUUUUAUCUUUUUA